GGUGAUUUAUUGGUAUGUUUUUAUGUAUUCAUCUUUUAUUACUUUUUUAUGUAAUUUUUAUUUACUUAUUUAUGUAUUUACUUGGAGCGGCAGCGGAGCGAUGGGGAGCACGACAAGUGCUGCCGAAAUUCUGCGGCGGCGGCACGGGUUUUUACGGCAGCGGUACGGAAGUGCUGCCGAAAUUCUGCGGCGGCGGCACGGGUUUUUACGGCAGCGGUACGGAAGUGCUGCCGAAAUUCUGCGGCGGCAGCACGGGUUUUUACGGCAGCGGUACGGAAGUGUUGCCGAAAUUCUGCGGAGGCGGCACGGGUUUUUACGGCAGCGGUACGAAAGUGCUGCCGAAAUUCUGCGGCUGCGGCAUAGGUUUUUUACGGCGGUGGUACGGAAGUGCUGCCGAACUUUUGCGGCGGCGACGCAGGCUUUUUUCGACGGUGGUGCGGAAGUGCUGCCGGAUUUUUUGCGGCGGCGGUUCUGGUUUUUCGAUGGUGGUGCGGAAGCGCUGCCGGAUUUUUGCGGCGGCGGUUCUGUUUUUUUCGACGGUGGUACGGAGGUGUUACCAGAUUUUUUGCGGCGGCGGUUCUGGUUUUUCGACGGUGGUGCGGAAGCGCCGCCGAAUUUUUGUGGCGGCGGUUCUGUUUUUUUCGACGGUGGUACGGAAGUGUUGCCGAACUUUUGCAGCGGCGACGCAGGCUUUUUUCGACGAUGGUGCGGAAGCGCUGCUGAAAUUUUGCGGCGGCGGUUCUGUUUUUUUCGACGGUGGUGCGGAAGCGCUGCCAUUUUCCGACGAGAGUUCGGCACGGCAGCGGAACUGCGAUACGGCGGUGGGACGUACGGCGCGGCAGUGGAGGUUUUUUUUACGGCGCUGAAAGGUUUUUUGUUGCGGUGCGGCGUCUGCUUUUCUUGGUGAAGGUAGGUAGAGGGAUGCUUACAAAGGAGAUUGAUUAUGCCUAUUUGAGAUGAAGGAAUGGAUUGUCUUCUUUCAACCUUUCACCUGUCUGCUUGUCAAAAAGAAGUUGUUUUGAAAAAAUGUUAUUCAACGUGUGUCGUAGAAUGAAUUCUAUUGAAAUAA